AUGUCACCAUUCAAGCUAGUGUAUGGGAAAGUUUUUCAUCUCCCGGUUGAACAUGAACAUAAGGCGUACUGGGCCAUCAAGCAAUUGAAUUUUGAUUAUCAAUUAGUUGGGGAGCAGAGAUUACUAGAACUUAAUGAAAUGGAAGAAUUUAGAGCAGAAGCAUAUGAGAAUGCUAGGAUAUACAAGGAGAAAACCAAUAAGUGGCCUGACCAAAAACUGAUGCCAGGACAUUUUCAUAUGGGCCAACAAGUCUUGCUUUAUAACUCCAGGCUUAAACUUUUUCCUGGGAAGCUCAAAUCCCGAUGGUCAGGGCCAUAUGAGGUGUAUUAUGUCUAUCCACAUGGAGUUGUUAAUAUCAAGAAUAUAGAUGGGAAGAUCUCCAAAGUCAAUGGUCAGCGUCUAAAAGCUUGUAAUGGAGUUCCACCACCGCACAACAAGGCAGUUUUGCAUGACGCUGAAAAUUGCCCAGCUGAGAACCACAUUUCAAUGCCACGUCAUUGA